AUGGCUACGCGCUACACCACCUCAUCACCUUAUCGUGAAGCCAGGCAAUCAGCCUCGGCGGCGUCGUCUUCGCAGCAUGACACUUCGCUUCAAGGCAAUCUAGACGUGGACACGCUCGACUACUACGAUGAGACUGGCCUACCUGCUCCGCACCACCUCUCUACUGCACACUCGCUCUCACCCUACCCGUCAUGCUCGGCGGACCACCAGCACGCAGACUCGGCGGCUGAGAUGCAAGAACUACAUUCGGCACCGUCGCGCUUGCUGUCGCAAUCAGCUUUUGUUCGCUCGGUGGUGUCUGCUCCGGACUCGAUGCUUGCCGGCACGUACUUGCCCUCUUUCAACAGCCACGAUUCACUCUACCACAAAACGUCUGCGUACGACGAUCUCGAUUCGGCCUCGACGUAUUACUCGCACAGAGACUCAUCCGACGCAUGGGCGCUCUACGACGCGGAACACGAUGGUGCACGCUUGUCCUUGGCGCAGGCGCGAGAACGUUACAUUAAUCGCAAGUCGGCAGUUUUCGCCGCCACGGAUUCAGCGUACAACCUCGCGGAGCCUCGUAGCGCGUCCAGAUGGGCUCGAUUCGCGCCGUCAGCUCGGCAGAAAAAGUGGCUGAUCGUCGGAGCCUCGUUGGCGGCAGCGAUGGUGUUUGCCAUCAUCAUCUUCUUUGCAACGCGUCACAACACGAAUUCAACCAUCGUGGAUGACGCCUCGUAUUCGGCCAAUGGUGGUAGCAGUGCCAACGGUGGAAGCGCAACCGCGGGCGUGGUGAGCUCGGACAAAUCCGACGCUUCGAUCUUUACCAAAGAUGCACGACUGCAUCGAUCCAUGUACGGAAUCUGCUACACGCCUUUUCACGCACAGUACCCGAGCUGUGGCGCGACACAGGCCAACGUGACCGAAGACAUCCAGCUGCUAUCGCAGCUCACGACGCGCAUUCGGCUGUAUGGAAGCGACUGCUCGACGUCGCAGCUCGUGCUCGAAGCCAUCAAGCAGACCAAGGUCGACAUGAGCGUGUUCUUGGCGGUCUGGAUCGACGAUAACGCGCUCACCGUGCAGAGGCAGAUUGACAACGUGGUGGAUGCGCUCAAAAAGUACGGCACCGACCAUGUUGCUGGCAUCACUGUCGGCAAUGAAUAUCUGCUCAAUGGUGGCAGUGAAGCCACUCUUCUGUCGCACAUCGCUACCGUCAAUACCACCGUCAACUCUGUGCCGGGACUGACAAAAUACAUCCCGAUCGGAACGGCGGAUGCCGGUAGUAUGGUGACCACCCGUCUGGCCACAGGCGCCGACUACAUCAUGGCGAACGUGCAUCCUUGGUUUGGUGGUCUGCCUGUUGAUCAAGCUGCCGGGUGGGUGUACGACUAUACGAACCACAACGAGCCAAGCAGUGCACUGCUUGCGCCCAACCGACCCACCUUGUAUGUCGCCGAAGCAGGGUGGCCGACAGCAGCCAACGAGACGCGUCUCGCCACGUACCAGGCCGCCACCGCCGGCGUUAGUGAGCUCAACACGUUCCUGCAGUCGUUUGUCUGCCAGUCCAACACCAACGUCACCACCUCCGGCCUCCAACCGAGCUUCAUCUUUGAGGCUUUCGACGAACCCUGGAAGGACGCCUUGUACGGCGGCGUCGAGGCGCACUGGGGUCUCUUUGACGCUAACAAAAACUUGAAGCCCGGCCUGAUCAUCCCCGACUGCCCCGCCCCGUGA